GUCGCCCGCGCGCAACAAGUACCAAGAAGCCGUCACAUGGGCACUGGAUCAACUGGAUUCAACAAUGCUCCGCGAUCACCAUCCAGGUUACACACAAAGAUGGCCAAACGCAAAUUGAAUCGGACACCCACUUGAUCGAAUCGACCCGUGAUUGAUGGAUUGCGUCAGUCAGGCUACCGAGGCCAAUGGACCAGCCCAUCACCCAUCCCAUUCAGUGGCAGCAGGAUACAAUCGGUCCCACAUAUAUCCCACCCAUCAGCUCAAUGUCUGUCUGUCUCAUGUCCCAUCUCUGUCUGUACACCCAUCUAUUCUAUGCCUCACGCAUCAUGUCAUGGCCUCGCUGCCUGCCCGUAGCCCUCAGUGCACUCGAGCACAAACACCGACGGGUCGGUGACCGAACCGUCACCACUCGAGUGACCGGUCUCUCCACUCGCACCAUCUGCGUGUGUGUCCUCGUGUGCUGCCGGUAGCCUCAUGUGCGCCAGGUCGUAUUGCAGCAGGAAUCGCGCCACCAUCCUGCAGUGCAGUCACGGGUGGCAGUGCAGUGCCGAGUGGAGAGAGAGGAGAGGUGUCUGCCUUCCCUGCAUCUGAUCUGAUCCUCUCUCUGCAGUAUGGCACACCUGUUCUUUUCGUCUUGUGUUUCGAGCACCCGGAAGGCAUCCAGCGGCACCUUGAUCACUGUCCAACCUGCGUGCGCACAGACGCAACACACACCUACUGACUGAUGCAUGUGAUAUAAGGCGCCAUGCUGUUGCGGCGUGCUGACCUUCGGCCGUGAGGUAUCUGUGUUUGCGCAUGGUGAAGUCACGGUGAUACUCGCGCUGCGGGAGAAAACCAACCAACCAGGUAACAAAGACAGACAAGGGACCACCACCAUCCAGACGUCUCACACACGGGGGGUCCACCGUGCCCUCUUCAUUCCUUCGGUUAAUCACCCACCCUGUAAGGCGGAUAGAGCUCCCAAUUCCUGUCCCACUCGACCAAAAGACGACCUGCACAAGCGCCAAGACGACACACACAGUGUCUGUCUGUCUGUUUCUCACUCAAAGAAUGUCAAUUCGCCAAUCAACAUGUCUGUCCUUGUGAGUGUCUACUUAACUUACCACGUGGAUCGGUCAGCUUGAGCAGAUAGGGUCCGUAGAUGGCCGGGACGAACUGACACACAUAUGACAUGAUGUGCAGUCAGUGCACCCUGAGAGGCUUCCCUCCCUCCCUCUCCCCCGUUGUGCAGUGCACGUCACGUCACGAGUGUGUCUGUGUGUGUGCUCAUAGCUACAUGGAAGCCGAGGGUUUCGGUGACGUUGGCGAGCUCUUGAAGUACAAAUGGCUGCUCCGGCACAUUGAACUUGUCCACAUACUGGCGCCAUCCCAUCCCAUCCCAUCCCAUCCACACACGUCACAUCACGUCCACCCACCCAUCUGUUGCACAUCCUCCUCCAUACUCACUGCCCACCUCACUCACUCCUCACCUGUACAGUGUUGGAUCUGAUGCGCUCCAGGAAAUGAAGCGUAUGGGGCGAAAACAGACUCAGCGCCUGACAAAGAAAUAAAUGCUGACUCCGAUCGUCAUGAAUGAAAACUGCCGUCGCCCCUCCCCUCCCUCUACACCUGAUGCGAUGCAGUCACUUACCUCUUGGUUGUCAUGCCGCAGCCACAUCUCCAUGAUCUUGAGCGGCACCAAGUACUCGUUGACGCGAGCGACCUCACGCCCAUACUCGGACCAUGCGAUACGCCGCUCCUCCGAAGAGGCGGCAUCAUCCGCAGAAUGGUCGCCUGUUGGUGCGGGGGGGUAUGUGAGGGGCACCCGGAGAGACAGGAACCGGUUGAAGAUCAGCUUCUGCAGACAUCGCAUCAGUGCGGUGAUAGUGCAUCUGUUUGAAGCAUGUGUGUGGCGUGCGGGUGUGGGUACCGACCAGUGUGGCAGUUGCGCAGAUGUCAUUGAGGACGGCGGGAUACACAGCCUGACACAUAAAAGACGAGGAGAGAGGCAUGCACGCCACACGCCAGCUUUCACGCCAUCGGUAUGCCUUCCUUUCACAGACCUACCUGUACAAUUAGCGCAGGGUUGCUCCACCAACACACACUGACGAUACGCACCGACACGCAUCGCAUCUUGGAUCGAUUCCUCACGGAUCCCCCAGCCCCGCCCGCGUUCCUCCCUCCCUCCCUCCCUCCCCCACUCACUUACCGCUUCUUCAGCACGGCAUUGACCUUGAGUAUGUAGGAUGGCUCCAUGUGCAUGUGGAGCCUCACGAGGAUGGGAAUCAACUCCCCAAUACCUUCAGCGGGCAGCGUGUAGAACUCAUCCAUCGCCUGUACACCAGUCAGACCCACACAGGCAACACUGACUGACAGUGUGUUGUGUUGUGCUGUGGGUGGGCUGGCCUCCCCCUGCACCCACCUUCUUGGCAAGGACGGUGAGAAAGCUCUCGUCAGGGGACUGCACGGACAGAUGCACACACCUUGGCAAUGCAUUAAUGGAUGAGGGAAGCCCCGGCAGUUGCCUGCUGUGUCUGGCUUACAGGCAGGUUUGCCGCUGCGACAAGAAGGCGCGUCAGCUGACGGGGAGCAAAGGUCUUUAGCCGGUCAACAACUAAGAGGCACACAGCAGACAGCCAAGGGCAGAGAGAGCAAGCCAAGCAAUGCGAACAAAGGACGGGCACAUACCAUGUGUUCAUAUUAGUACCUUCACUGACGAGGAAGUCGAGGAACUUGGGCCUGUCCCACUGGCCCUUGGCAUACGAGUACAGCAGCCGCGUCAGCCCCUCGUUGUCGUAGUCCCUGAUGUGCCGCGCCACGUGACGCAGCAACGCCGUCAGCACAUCACUAUCGACACCCACCCUCAGCCGCGCCUUCGCAUACGCCAGGUUCUGCAGCACCUUGGUCACAUCCUCUGAAGUCAUCUCAUCAAGCAGGGCGGCCAGCCGGUCCUGGUAGCCUUUCCACAGACCCUCACCAUCCAGCCGUAGCGCACUCGACCGGCCCAUGCAGUACAGCAGCUGCCUCUUGGGCAAGGAACUGACGUCGAGUGCCGUCAGCUCCCCAUCUCUGAUGGUGAAGUCAGGCUCCCGCCUCCCUGCCGAUGAGUCAUCAGCACCAGCAGACGGCUCACUGGCAGCAUCCUCACUCCCAGGGUGGCCCGCACCAUCAGCAGUGAACUCCUCGUACUCGAAGCCCUCGAAUGCCUCACGAUCACGCGCGUCGAAUGAAUGCCGGGCGAUGGAUGACCGCCAUCGAACCGAGGCGAAACGUUCAUGACGCCGGCUGCCGCGCGCCAAGAAAGCGGCAGAUCUCAGUGCAGACUGAUAGAUCCGUCGCAUCCUAUACGUUGUCGAAAAGCCCUGAAUGACGGGAGUUGGAAAAGCCAAG